UCACGUAAUGAUUUUUAUAAGUGUUUGGCAUUGAUGGCCCUUGUUCAGCAAGGCAAAGCAAUUGAUGAGAAAUUAUUAAAUAACUAUGUGAAUCGAGGUACCUUUGCUAUUGUAGAAUUUAUAUCAAUAUAUAAAAAGCCUGUUCCCUUAUUUUUUUUUUAUAGAAUUACCUACUCCAACAAUUGAUAAUAUAAAUACUUUAGAAGAUCGUUUAUUACGUCUGCUUCGAAGUGAACAACGAAGCAGUACUCUCUGUUUUCGUUAUAAUGAUCUUUGUGCACUUGAUACUAUUCAGGUGGAUCUAGAACCUGAGAAAAAAGGUAUUAUUAUACGACAUGUUGAAUAUGCAAUAACAAGCAUGCGUCAAAAUAAUAAGGUCUUACGUCGUUAUAAUGACUUUGUUGCACUACAUGAAUUGCUAACGUUAAAAUAUCCAUAUCGAAUAAUACCAAUGCUUCCACCAAAAAAAACAGUCAAUGUGGAUAAAGAAUUCAUUGAAGAACGUCGUCGAGCACUAAAACGAUAUAUUCAAAUUCUGUGUCGUCAUCCAACUAUUUCUGAUACAGAAAUCAUAAAAUUUUUUCUAACAUUCCGAGGCGAAUCAUGUGGUGAUAAUAUGAAAGCAACAUAUAAAAAUACUCUUGAUGAAUUCAGUUCUGAACCACGAUCAUUAUUGAAUACGAAUGAUAAUACUGAUAAAUUUGGAGAAGAUUCCGAUGGUAUAAAAAUAUUUCGUAUUAGUCAGACGCAUAUGUCAUUUAUUCAUCAACAAUUAAGUCAUAUUCGCGAAUGUUUAAUUAGUAUUCAUGAUAAACAUUCUAAAAAUGCAGAUGAUUUUACAAAUAUUGAAAAAACGUUUCAAGCACUUAGUUCAGAAUCAACAAACAUCGAUCGAUGGGCUACAGGUUCUAAUGAUUAUUGGCCAACAAUUCAAGUUGGUUUAGCUGAUUUACCUAUUGAAAUGAGUGCUAUAUCAGAACGAAUUCAUGAACAAUGUAAACGUGAUGAUGAAGUGAUUAGUGAUCAUCUUGAUAUGUUAAUUGAUUUACUUCAAGGAUAUAAGGAUUUAUGUAAACGAUUUGAAGAAGCACUAUUAAGUGAACAAAAAGCUAUUCAAAAAGCAAACAAUCAACAACAAAGACGUCCAACCAUCACAACUGAUACAUCAACAAAAGUAAAAGCUAAUUAA